AUGGGUUGCGGUGGCUCGAGGUUGGGAGGUGUGGGAGCGGCGAGAGCAAAUGAGGGCGGCGUUGUGCCACUUCCGUCAGGUAUACGUCCGCUACUCCGGCGGAGGUUAGAGGAGAUAAAGAAACGGAGUCAUGCAAGCGUCUUGAAAGGGAACCAGACGCAGUCUAAGAAGGAGCUAUUAAAGCACGGCUCUGAGGACGGAGAAGAGACGGAGGAGAACGACGUCGAUAGCUUGAAGUCGUCAGCUAAGGUGGCUCCGGCGCCUGUUCAGCACGUGGAGGAGAAGAAAGAGGUUAUUUACGAGAAGGUUCCGUCUAGAGAUGAUGUUGAAGAGGUGAAGAAAGAGGAAGAGGUUGUGAAGAAAGAGGAAGAAGUUGUGAAGAAACAAGAGGAGGAGAAUCAUCAUGAUGUUGAUGAUGAUAAGGUCAUCGAUGUUAAGAAGGAAGGAGAUGAUGUUAUUAAUCAUGAUGAGGCCAUGAACAAGAAGGAAGAAGACGUUGGUGCUGAUCAUGAUGAAGGGAAGAUGAACAACUUUGAUGAGAGGAUGAUAUGUCCUGGAUCUCCAAGCUUUAGGGUUUAUUGCAUCGAUGUUCCUUCUUCUGAUGAUGAUGAUGAAGAAAAAGAUGUAGAAGACACCAGAAAGUCGACGGAAACCGAAAGCGUUAUCAUAGAAGACCCAAAAGAGGAGGAGAGCAUCGCAAAAAAAGAGAAAAGAGAAAGAAAAGGGAAGAGAUUCGGAAUAGCGUUGCCAAGGAAGUAUUUAGCCAAUGUGACUGCGCCGUGCUACGCCGGUGGAGGAUGCAUGGGCAACAACGGUCAUUCUCGUCUCGUGCAAGAGAAACCGAGCCAGUGA